CCUUCAAAACAUUACACACUAUAAAGGCCGAAAAGCUGAAAAGAAAAAAGAAAAAAAAAAAAAUAAGAAAAAUGGAAGAGGAGAAGGGAAAGAUUGAAUCUAUCAGGGAAUGGAUCGUGGAGCACAAGCUUCGAACUGUUGGCACUUUAUGGGCAAGUGGAAUUCUAGGUUCGUUGGCAUACAAUUGGUCUCAACCCAAUAUGAAAACUAGCGUCAAGAUAAUUCAUGCUAGGUUGCAUGCACAGGCACUUACUCUUGCUGCAUUAGCGGGGGCGGCCAUUGUUGAGUACUAUGAUCAUAAAAGUGGAGCAAAAGCAGAACGUGUUGUGAAACUUCUCGACAUUGAUGAACAUCGACCAAAGAAUUGAAGCUUGGCUUGAUGGAUAAACUCUCAAGUUUCAAUUAUUGUAACCAAUGAUGCACUCUUCAGAUCUUGAAGUGGACUGGUUUUUAUUAUCAGUUAGGAUUACGAGUAAUAUUGUAUACGGUUCAUUUUGCUUAGCCCUGGCCAUUCCUAUUAAGAUCAAUAAUUUUCUUCCUAUUAAAUGCUUCAUAACUAUGUUGUAUGGAUGCAAGAGUUUUUAACAGGAAAUUUAAAAGAAUGGAAGCCAAAACGGAAAUAGCUUCAUUCUAGA